GCCUCUUGAACCAUGCCUCGCUGUACACGAAAGGGUUGCAAUCAAGAUUUUUCAACCGAUGACAAUACGGGGGUUUGUACCUUCCAUUCAGGCGCGCCAGUCUUUCAUGAAGGUCUGAAGUCGUGGUCAUGCUGCAAAGAUGUCAACAAACCUGUGCUCGACUUUGAGGAGUUCAUGGCCAUCCCAGGCUGCACGGAGACCGACGGACAUACCUCAGAGGCUUUCACGUCACAACCAGCACCGAGCGCCGCGCAGCAGCAGAAGCAAGCUGCUGCAUCUACCCCAGUCCCUAUCUCCACUAUUCAAGAGGGUGGCGAUAACAAGGAAACGUUCACGAUUGGAGCACCGGCCACCUUGUCUGCUGCCACCACUGCUGUUGCCCCGCCGCCUCCGAUCGUUGAAGAUGAAGACGACCUGGACGCCCCAGUAGAGCCCGGAACGCAUUGCAAGCGUCGAGGUUGCGGUGUCACCUUCGUUAGCGAUGAAGUCAACCGCAAGGGAGACGGCGAAGGAACUGUUUGCGUAUAUCAUCCACUUCCUCCAUUAUUUCGGGAGGGAAGCAAAACUGAGGAGCUAGUUCAAUGUCGCAUCGACCAUUAUCAAACAGUUGACAAAGUCCAGGUCUCGGUCUUUGCAAAAAAGGUAGACAAAACCGAGAGCACCGUGAAGUUUGAAGAAGAUAAGGAACCAAGGUACAAUGUUCUAUCUAUGAUAUUAUAA